UCGCCUUACUCGUCACUACGCCUCAUACAUCUGAAUUAUAAAGUCGGACAGUUUGUACUUGAGACCCUUGCACUUCGGAAGAAUAUAUGAGAGCACAUAAAAUUCUCUUUGUCGCUGUGAAUAUCUGUGUACUUUGCUUUGGUCACUUCAUCCGUCUGGUCAGACUUCUCAGCAGAAUCUCAUCCAUGUAUAUAUGUCAUACGACGCCCUGAAAAUUACACACUGUAACUGUCAAAACUUUAAAACCCUGAAAAACUUCCAUUAGUUCGGUUUGAUGAAAGCGAUCUCGAAGCCCAGCUAACUUACUUAAGAUUUUUUUUACUUAAAAUGGACAGCAGUGGUCGGGGAAAUGAUAACGGUCGGGGCCACCCUCGACAUUACUUAACCCCUGAGGGUAAGAAAAUGGAUAAGUCUCCUAGUCUUCAUGGCAUGCACGCUCAAAGUUCCACGGAGACUAGUGGUUUAGGAGAAACCAUCACAUCAGGAUUUUCAUCUCAAGACAGUGUAUUAAGCGGCAAAGAUCUCGACACCAACUUUUCCACAACCGAUGUAUCGGUGCUAAAGAAUUUGAAGUCACUAACAUCCACAGACACAACACCAUCGAAUAUCGGUGGGGUAGCGCGGAUUGGACGCAAGCCUAAUAUACGUCAGAACACGACACGCAAUAAAAAUUACGCCCAGAUCCCAGUGACAAAUGAAAUUGAAGAAGACAUGUAUAUAAAUCAAACCAACUUCGAUGCUUUGUUUAUGCAAAGCGCAGCCGAGGCGGCAAGGAUUGACGAUAACAGUCCUCGUAUGACUUCAACAGUUCCCGCAAAUUCUCAAAGGGAUCACAUAGAAGAAUGGGAGCGAGGAGGUUCGAUGAGAAGUUCUAUUCGCAGUCAUUCUUCAAUUGGUUCAUUUCGUUCGAGAAACGGCUCAAGAAAAAGUCCUCGAAGAUUCCUCGGGGCAGGGACCAACUCAACAUGGAUGAAAUGGUCUGAGGAGCGCAGAGCUUCAUAUAGACGUCGAAUAGAGCUGUUAGAUAAACCGAAAGUCGACACAGAAAGAGUUACUACACCCAUUAAGAAAGCUCGACAGGAGUGCCUUAAGUUUGUACAUCCAGACUUGGAGAAAAAUUAUCUUUCAGAGGACGACAUUAACGACUUAAAGAGACACAAGCAGCAGCAAUAUUAUACCUAUAGUGUAAUAGAAAAGUCAAAAAAGGGACGAUAUCCCGUGCGAACAGAGGUACAUUUAACUGUUGCCGAAUGGAAUAUAGUCAACGGUUUCUGGCAGCACAACCUUUUUCAACGGACCCGUUAUGUAGGCGUGGCCAUCAGCUUUUUUACUCUGAUUCUUCAAAUUUUAUGUAUCACAAGUAACCAAUGGAUAUCUUACACACGACAAACCAUUGUGCCUAGACGGUAACGUUCAAAAUUAGACUGCAG